UGCUGGCAGAGGGGCUCAGGGAGCGGCUGGUCUGCAGCCAAUGGCGAGCGCUGUGUAGGACGGCAUUGUGAAGAGCUAGAGAUUUUAGCGGGCACCAGUCAGCGUUUGACUUGAUUUUUAUGUUCCUCUAAUAACGUCAAAGGGACAUCCGAAACGACGAAAGCUAGCACGGUGACUGUUUUGAAUCGCAAAUUUCUGUUGCCUAUUAUCGUUGACAGGCACCAUGACUGACAGAAAGGCUGUGAUCAAGAAUGCUGACAUGUCUGAGGACAUGCAGCAGGAUGCAGUGGACUGUGCCACACAGGCCAUGGAGAAAUACAAUAUCGAGAAGGAUAUUGCGGCAUACAUCAAAAAGGAGUUCGAUAAGAAAUACAAUCCUACAUGGCACUGCAUUGUGGGAAGGAAUUUCGGCAGCUACGUGACUCAUGAGACGAAACAUUUCAUCUACUUCUACUUGGGGCAGGUGGCCAUUCUCCUGUUCAAGUCUGGCUGAUUCAACAUCCGACUGUAGAUUGUAUUUCCAACGAAGACUGUGAUGCACUGGCGGCCGAUGUCAUAUCUACUCGCACACUACGAAUAUUAAAAACGAGAACAUACCUUGACUAGGCUGGCUGUGCACAACUGCAUGGAUCAUAUCCCAUACUACUUGUGUACAUGUUGCAGUUAAAUUGCUUUUCAUUAGAGGCCCGUGUUAAUUGGCAAAAUUUUUGUUAAUGGUUCUUGCAGGUUUUUCCUAGAUCAUAUGUUGUAUAAUUAAAAGCGAGAAAAUGUAUUGACAAGCACAUGUCUGCUGUAAAUGGAUAUAUUUUUGGUGACCUAGUGCUGUAAUAUAAUUGAUGAUUUCUAUGCGCUGUGUCAUUUUGGGGUAUUGGGGCAGUGAGUACAAGCACACUUGGUUAUGAGGAGGUUAGUCUGUAUAGUUUGAUUUUGAAACAUUCUGUCGAUAAAAAGAUUGUUUUCUUUUGCUUAUGUCUUUUCUUUUUCUUGUUUGAUAUGGGAGAAGUAUUGCAUUUGAGAAACCCCAUGUUAAUAUUCUUGACUAUUUGAAAUUUCUACCUGAAUCAAUGAUCUAGAUGUAUGUAAUAGAGACGCACACUUAAAGAUUAAUAGCAAAGACUCCCCUGUAACUCGUAUUGCAACAGACUUACUCCAUGAAGCUAAUGACAGAUUGUAAUAGUUUGUUGUCAGGUCCUUCAUGUAAUUGUCUGCAGAACAGUUUUCUGAAUGUAUGAAGUAGAUAAAGUUGCACAAGAAAUGUCUUAAGUGUCUUCCUGUCUUCUGUUCUGCUAUUUAUCUUCAGAGUGAGAUUUCUUUUGCAUGAUUUUUUUUUUCUGCCCUUUUCAAAGUUCUGUCCAGUGACCGUCUACAAAAACAUGUAUAGUUUGCACAUGCCUUUUGAUGCUUUCUCUGUUCAUAGGAUUGUAAACUUGCACUCAAUGGAUCCGUACCCACUCAGGUACCGCUCAUGACAAAAUGCGGCCUGUCAUUAAAAUGUGUGAU